AUGGAGCUGAUUGAUUUGGCAGUACAAGAGCCAAGCCAAAGCCAGAAUUCGGACAGGAGGAAUGAAAGACUACCUGAAGAUCGUACCUUGUCUGUUCCCCUCCUCCAAGCUGCUUUAAAAGGUGACUGGAAAACUGCUAACUCUUUUCUUAAGAAACACCCAGAAUUCGUUCGAGUUCCCAUAGACAGAGAGUAUGCAACAGCUCUUCAUAAUGCAGCGGCUUCAAAACACACCAACUUUGUAAUAAAACUUUUGAAAUUGAUGAAUAAGGAAGACUUGGAAUUGAAAACCACAGACGGAUGCACAGCCCUUUUCUUUGCUGCUCAAUCAGGAGUCGUGAGAAUUGCUAUGGAGAUGGUGAAAAUGAACAAAGAUCUGCUAUGCAUCCGUGCUAAACAAGAUGUGACACCACUUCUCGCUGCAGCUAUGCGUGGACGUAGGAACAUGGUUUCAUAUCUAUACUCUGUUACUCCUUUCCAAGAGUACUUGACUAGUACUGUUGAACGCCUUACACUCCUUCUAGCAACCGUUUCCACUGAUAUGUAUGAUGUAGCGUUGAAGAUUCUAGAAACGGAUCCAGACCUAGCAAUUGCCGAAACUGCAAAGUAUGGAAGGAUAAUAUUGAAAACAAUGAACGUGGAUACUAGGAGUACUUCAUUUGCCCAUACUGUGUAUGGGAUGAUUGCGUUGGGGGAGAUGGCGAGAAAGCCAUUUGCAAUUGGCAAAAGAAGUCAAUUAGCAAUCUGGGAAAGAUGCCUCAAGUACAUCUCUGCAAAAGUAGGGAAUAUUGAGUUUCUAAAUAUUCUUAUACGCUCAUAUCCUGAUCUCAUAUGGCAAGUUGACGAAGAUGGAAAGACUUUACUUCACAUUGCUAUUCUAUAUCGGCAAGAGAAUGUAUUCAAUCUUAUAUAUGACAUAGCCGCUACCACAAAUUCCAUUGCACUCUCUAUUGAUGAAAACAAUAACAACAUGCUACACCUAGCUGGAGAAUUGGCUCCUUCAAGUCGUCUAAAAAUCGUAUCAGGAGCAGCCCUUCAGAUGCAGCGAGAGUUGUUGUGGUUCAAGGAGAUAGAAAAAAUUGUGCCUCCUGCAUAUGUGGUCAAGAAGAACCUACACGGCCAAACACCUAGAGAUUUGUUUACAAUGACACAUGAAGGUUUAUUGAAAGAUGGUGAAAAGUGGAUGAAGGACACGACAAGUUCUUGCAUGCUAGUGGCAACACUUAUUGCAACUGUGGUUUUUGUAGCAGCCUUCACUGGGCCCGGUGGCAAAAGUCUAGACAGUGGCACUUCUAUCGUUUUGGAAAGUACCGGGUUCCUGGUAUUUUUCAUAUCAAAUGCAAUAGCAUUUUUAUCCUCUUCAACUUCAAUAUUAGUUUUCUUGUCAAUUCUCACGUCACGUUAUACAGAAAAUGAUUUCCUUAGAUCAUUGCCUAUGAGGUUACUGCUUGGACUCACUGCGCUCUUCAUCUCUGUAGUAGGCAUGGUGGUAGCAUUUAGCGCAACUUGUUCUUUGAUUUAUAGCAAAGAACAAACCUCAAGGGUUCCGAUUGUUAUUGCUAGUUUGACUGGUGUCCCAAUUAUUUUUUUUGUUCUGCUACACUAUGAGCUCUGGAUUGAUAUAAUGCGCUCAACAUACGGGUCUAGGUUUCUUUUUCGGUCAUAUAAGCGUAGACUCUUCCAGCUUGGGGAAGAUGAUGAGUGGGCAAUUUGGCAAUAUCAACUCUGA